CUUCCGACUUCCGCCUCCCGUUAAGCAAGUCAAAGCUACUGCAAUGGCAAAGCUAAUUUUGCUGUUGCUAAAAUUAUGUAUUUUAUUCUUUGUUGUCCAUGCUGUAUUUGAGGAUCAAGUGGGAAAAUUUGACUGGAGGCAGCAAUAUGUAGGAAAAGUUCGCUUUUCUCAUUUUGACACACAAAUGCAGUCAUCCAAAAAAGUCCUUGUAGCAACAGAGAGUAAUGUUUUUGCAGCUCUAAAUACUAGGACUGGAGAGCUUUUAUGGCGACAUGCGGACAAAACUGGUCCAGAGGGAAACAUUGAUGCCCUUCUGCACCAUGCACAAGAUGCAGUACUAGUGGUUGGAAAUGGGCGCAUGUUACGCUCCUGGGAUGUUAACAUUGGUGGUAUGAACUGGGAAAUUUUGCUGGACUCUGGCAGUUUUCGAUCAGCAUGUUUAGUUGGGCAACAAGGCACAGUCAAACAUGUUGCUGUUUUGAAGAAAACUGUCAUCUCUGUCCAUUAUUUGUCCAAUGGGCACCAAAAAUGGAUAGAGAACUUACCAGAAAGUGAAAUUGUGGAUUACCAGACUGUGUAUUCGGGUGGAAAUGGUCAAGUUUUUGUGUUGGGAAUUGUUCCCCAUUCCCAUAUCACUAUUGUUGUUUACAGCAUGGAGGAUGGAGAGAUAAUCAAGCAGGUCUCAGUUGAAGCUCCAUGGCUGUCCAACAUACCAGUCAGCUGUGUAGUGGUUGAUCAGGGGAUACUGAUGUGUGUAGACUCAACAACAAUGUCCAUAAACACACUUGACUUACACCAACAGCUACAUAUGACACAGAUCCCCCUGCAGUCACUUGGACUUGAAGUGGACCCAGACUUUCAUCCAUCUCUGGUGUCGCACCAGCCCAACCCUGCCCAAAAGCCAUUAUCAGAGUUCUUCCUUCAACUUGGGCCUGAACGCUUUUUGCUUCUGCAGUUGAACAAUGGGCAGAUAGUAACACUUAGAGAUUUCAAGCCUGCCCUGCUGGCUUCGUUUGCUACCAGUGGAGAGAAGACGGUAGCUGCUGUUAUGUCACCCAAAAAUAUGACUGCUUGCAGUAUUAACCUCUUUAGUGCUGACACUGGUCGCAGACUUCUUGACACAACUCUGAUUUUCACUGUGGAUCCCAACGGAGGGAAACCAGAGAGGCUGCAUGUCCAAGCUUUCCUGAAGAAGGAUGACUCGGUCGGCUACAGGGUCAUGGUGCAGACAGAAGACCACGCAGUGACUUUCAUACAACAACCAGGGCGUGUAAUGUGGACAAGAGAGGAGGCCUUGUCGGAUGUGGUGACAAUGGAAAUGGUAGAUCUGCCCCUUACUGGGACACAAGCUGAGCUGGAGGGAGAGUUCGGCAAAAAGGCUGCCAUUCAAGAUGGGUUGAUGUCCAUGGUGUUGAAGAGGCUCUCCUCUCAGCUCAUCAUGCUGCAAGCCUGGAUUGCCCACCUAUGGAAGCUGUUCUACGACGCUCGAAAACCCCGCAAUCAAGUCAAGAACGACAUCUCCAUCGAGAACCUGUCGAGAGACGAGUUCAACUUGCAGAAGAUGAUGGUUAUGGUUACAUCAUCAGGAAAGCUGUUUGGGAUUGACAGCAAGAAUGGUGGAAUUUUGUGGAAGCGCUACCUUGACAACGUCCCAUCCAAUGCUGCUUUUAAAUUAAUGGUUCAGCGGACCACUGCACACUUCCCUCACCCUCCACAGUGCACACUGCUCAUCAAAGACAAGGACACGGGUCUGGCCACGCUUCAUGUGUUUAACCCCAUCUUUGGAAGGAGAAGUCAGGUCACACCACCUGCCCUACCUCAGCCAAUACUUCAGUCACUUAUGCUCCCACUUAUGGACCAGGAUUAUGCCAAGGUCCUGCUUCUUGUCGAUGACCAGUACAAGGUUUCUGCCUUUCCUUCAACCAAGAAUGUCCUGCAGCAGCUUCAGGAGACUGCUUCAUCCAUCUUCUUUUUUCUUGUCGACUCCAGUCAGGGAAGACUCUCUGGUUACAGACUUAGAACGGACUUGUCAACUGAGCAGGUCUGGGAGGUCGUCAUUCCAACAGAGGUACAGAAAAUUGUGUCUGUUAAGGGGAAACGGCCUAAUGAGCAUGUUCACUCACAGGGCAGAGUGAUGGGAGACCGCAGUGUGCUCUAUAAGUACCUGAACCCAAAUCUGCUGGCUGUGGUGACAGAAAGCAUAGACAUGCAUCUGGAGCGUAGCUUCAUCGGGAUCCUGCUCAUCGACGGUGUGACCGGUCGUAUCAUCCACGAAGCUGUUCAGAGAAAAGCCAGAGGACCGGUGCAUGUGGUGCACUCUGAAAACUGGGUUGUGUAUGAGUACUGGAGCACAAAGUCGCGCAGGAAUGAGUUCUCUGUGAUCGAACUUUACGAAGGAAUGGAGCUUUACAACAGCACUGUGUUCAGCUCGCUGGAUCGGCCACACGCUCCUCAGGUGCUUCAGCAGUCCUACAUUUUUCCCUCCUCCAUCUCCACCAUGGAGGCCACCCUGACUGAGAAAGGCAUCACCAGUCGCCAUCUGCUCAUUGGUCUGCCAUCCGGGGGGAUUCUGUCAUUACCAAAGAUGUUCCUCGACCCACGCAGGCCAGAAAUAAUAUCUGAGCAGAGUCGGGAGGAAAACCUGAUCCCAUACGCACCAGAGCUGAUCAUCCGUACGGAGUGGUUCAUCAACUACAAUCAGACUGUUUCAAGAGUGCGAGGUAUUUACACGGCUCCGUCCGGACUGGAGUCAACCUGCUUGGUGGUGGCAUAUGGUCUCGAUAUCUACCAGACUCGCGUAUAUCCCUCAAAGCAAUUUGACGUGCUAAAAGACGACUACGACUACAUGCUCAUCAGCAGCGUACUCUUUGCCCUUUUCUUUGCUACCAUGAUCAGCAAACGCCUGGCAGAAGUCAAACUGCUUAACCGGGCCUGGCGGUAAAGUGAUCUUAUGAAGUCCUGCACCUGAGAGCCCCGCGGCUGCACGAAGGACCUCGCUCCGAGGAGAUGAGACUGGUGAGGCCGUGCCUGUAGGGAAAAACGCAGGCCGAAGUUCAAUAAGGCCCUUAAAGAACUGCAGGGGGUGGUGGGGAUGGAGGGGGGAAACUAGGGGUUAAGAUAAGGGGUUAGAUAAGGUUUUAUGUGUUUGUUUCUUAAUUUAUUUUGCAAAAAAAAAGGAAAUGACUACAUAAUAGAACCAUUUUUUCCCCACAUCACUUCAAAUGUUGAACACAUAACUCAUUACAAACGAAUUUAAAAGAGUUGGGUUUUUUAAACUAUACUUGUCAAGUUAGGUGCUUAAAUAUAGUUUAUUCUAAAAAUACUUUAGAUAUCAUACAUAAUUCAGCAAUCCUAAUGGAAAGUUAUAAUACCUUUUUAAAAUCAGAAGAAAACAAUUUGUGAGCCUUAAUGUUUACUGUAAUGCUCUUUGUUCUUUAGCCUGCUAAACUGGCAUGAUAUUGUUUUGGUUUGAUAGUAAAGGAGCUGAAUUCUGAGACAGGACCCGGCCAGGACAAGAUGAUGACCUCUGGCCAGUCAUAAAGAUUUCUAACAGAAUGCGCUGUUAUAAAAUUAAAGGAAAAUGUCCAGCAGUAGACUUCAUUUUCACUGUUUUGUUCCAUUAAAAUCUUUCUGAGAA